GUUUCUCUCCUUUUUCUUUUCUCUUCUCCCUCUUGUCUACACUAAUAAUCCCAAAACACACAAAAAAAAGUUAUAAUUUUUAUCCUUUCUGGCAAAGUAGUUCUCUGCUUUUCGGUUCUUGAGCUUUCUCUCUCUCUCUCUCUCUCGAGCUAAGCACUUACACACGAGCGGCUCGAUUCCUCAUUCCAACCUUUUUUCACCUUUAUUCUUCUUCUUCUUCUUCUAGAUCGUUUCCUCAAAGUUUGACCCUUUUUAAGUACCGUUUCGUAAGUUAAAGAACAUUAACAAUUAAACUCUGUUUUGUCUGAUCUGUUUUGUUUUGUUUUGUCCGAAACUCUGAAGAAAUUCAACGCGGUUUUGAACUGGUCAAAGUCUCAGAUUGAGAUAAAAUCAAACAAAACAGACUUUGUUUAUGGUCUUUUGUCUGAAAUAAUACUGAGAAAUGGGUUGUGGCGUUUCCAAGUUCUGUUCAGGUUCAGAGCCUGAAAGAUCCAAUCUUGGUCUCACAUCCUCAGGUGUUAAUGAUAGGAUUGGUGAAGGGAAUAAUGAUCUGCCUCAGUUCCGUGAAUUCUCUAUAGAGACGCUAAGGAACGCUACAUCAGGUUUUGCUGCAGAGAAUAUAGUAUCAGAACAUGGUGAGAAAGCUCCUAAUGUUGUCUACAAAGGGAAGUUGGAUAAUCAAAAACGUAUUGCUGUUAAAAGGUUUAACAGGAAAGCUUGGCCUGAUUCUCGUCAGUUUCUGGAGGAAGCUAAAGCUGUUGGGCAGUUAAGAAACUAUAGGAUGGCAAAUCUGCUUGGAUGUUGUUAUGAAGGUGAAGAGAGACUUCUCGUUGCUGAGUUUAUGCCUAAUGAAACUUUGGCUAAGCAUCUUUUCCACUGGGAGUCACAGCCGAUGAAGUGGGCAAUGAGACUAAGAGUAGCUUUACAUAUUGCUCAAGCUUUGGAGUACUGUACUGCCAAAGGGCGUGCACUCUACCAUGACCUUAAUGCUUAUAGAGUUCUCUUUGAUGAUGACUCGAAUCCAAGGCUUUCUUGCUUUGGUCUGAUGAAAAACAGUAGAGAUGGUAAGAGUUAUAGUACUAACCUGGCUUUCACUCCUCCUGAGUAUCUCAGAACAGGUCGCGUGACACCAGAAAGUGUGAUGUACAGUUAUGGAACUCUGUUGCUUGAUCUUCUGAGUGGAAAACACAUUCCUCCUAGCCAUGCGCUGGACCUCAUAAGGGACAGGAACAUCCAAAUGUUGAUGGAUUCAUGCUUAGAGGGUCAGUUUUCAAAUAGUGACGGGACUGAACUAAUACGGUUAGCUUCUAGAUGCUUGCAGGAUGAGCCUCGAGAACGUCCUAACCCAAAAUCUCUAGUCACUGCAAUGAUCCCUCUUCAGAAGGAUCUUGAGACUCCUUCACAUCAACUCAUGGGAAUACCAAGCAGUGCCUCAACAACACCUCUUUCACCACUUGGAGAUGCAUGCCUAAGAACUGAUCUAACUGCUAUACAUGAGAUUCUUGAAAAACUUGGGUAUAAAGAUGAUGAGGGAGCUGCCACAGAGCUUUCAUUCCAGAUGUGGACCAACCAGAUGCAGGACUCGCUCAACUUCAAGAAAAAGGGUGAUGUUGCAUUCCGGCACAAAAACUUUGCAAAUGCUGCUGAAUGUUACUCUCAGUUCAUAGAGGGUGGGACAAUGGUUUCACCAACUGUGUAUGCAAGGAGAAGUCUGUGUUACCUGAUGAACGAGAUGCCACAAGAGGCACUUAAUGAUGCAAUGCAAGCUCAAGUGAUAUCUCCUGCUUGGCACAUUGCAUCUUAUCUUCAAGCUGUAGCUCUCUCAGCUCUAGGACAAGAGAACGAAGCUCACGCUGCUCUUAAAGACGGAUCAAUGCUCGAGAGCAAAAGAAACGCCCUAUGAUGAUGGAAACAAACACAUAAAGUGGAAAAUUGUUUGUCUAUCUUCUUACAUUAACCGAAGUCAAAACUCACCAUCAUCCUCAUAAGUAGAUAAGCUAUUCAACAGUUAUCAUCACCAUUGGGUUCCGCUCUAGUUCCCUUUUACCUUUUUCGUUUUUUUCUUUCCAGAUACUUGAAGCAUUAUUCAUUUGGUCUCGUUUUGUUUUCAACUUGCAUGACAUUUCACUGUGUUAUACAGAAGAAAAAAUUGCAUAUUGUUGAAUCUUUGAUGGAGAUUUGAUUAUAGAUUGGGAAUGGUGUGAUUGUGGAUUUUUCUUUGAUGGGUUGCAUGAUUUGUAAUCAAUGUUUUGUAAUAAUAUGUAAAGAGAGCACUUUGUAUUUUGACUUUUGAUGAUCUUUUGAAUUUUGCAUAUCAG